AUGAAUUUGUGGGUUUUAGUGAUAAUAUUUACAGAUGUUGUAUUGUUAGUGGUGAAGUCAUUCAGUGUAGCUGCUUUUGGAGGAGCCAGGUUAUUCCCCUAUAGGAAUCCACAGGUUGGGGUUAUUCCAGUUUCAGUAGGUAGCGGGCAUGGAAAUUAUGUUGUUCGUAUAUGGGAAGAGAGUGUGACAUCUGAUUGGAAAAGAGCCAGAGAAGAGAGAAGGGAAUGUUUAGUGAUGGGUAGGGGAAUAAGCUGCGGAGACUCGGAUUGCAAAAAAUACAUGAAAAGCGAGAAAGGUGUUGCAAAAGUUUGCAACUACAAUGAGUUCAGACCAGAAAAUAGAUGGAUUCCGUCCUUUAUUGAUGUGGAUUUGCCUAUCUGUAAGGUUUUCAAUUUGAGAAAUGCUGAAGGAAUUGAGAACACCCUAACGGAGAGCUUAUUUAAUUCCCCAAGAGCAUGUUUAUGUUUUGGAGAAGAGAAAAGUGAGAAUUAUAAAAUUUUAAGUCCCCCUAUUUCUGGAGAUAAAAGUGGAGGGUGGAGGUUUGAACUAUUUCAAGAUGAGAUGGAGGUUCCAAAGAUAUACCCUUUUAGUAGGUUUAUUGUAGAUGUAAGAGUUCUAGUGAAUCCAGGUUGGAACUUUGAGUUUGUACUUUCUUCAAGUUCCCUACAUAUAAACAAAGCAGCAUUCUCAAUUGUUUCUCUAAAAAAAGACUAUUUGUGCCAAGGAUUUCCAGAGGACGAAUCCCUUCAGAUUCUACAGCCUACAAGCUUGGCCUCUAAAGGAAGUCAGCUUAUACAGACUUAUUCAUGGAAUCCCAGAAAAUUAAAUACUAAUAUAAAGGACAACUUGUUUGAUUAUAAGUUCCCUGUUAACCAAUUAACGACCACACACUACUACAUUUGUCACUACUAUCAUUACAAUUCUAAUUCUGGCAACCUCCUUGGAAGUGUCUAUUUUCGACUAAAUCCCGAGGACGCUACCCAAACAUUUUCACUAUUAUUGCUGAUUAUAAUAUUCACCCCCCUAGUCUUAUUUUCAAUAUAUAUUAUUAUUAGCUCAAAAUACAAAACUAACAUUGAAAAGUUGCAGGGAUAUAUUUUAUUUGAAGACAGAAAUCAGGUGAGCUCUUUAUUUUUCUAA